AUGGACAACUUUGGUUAUCGCGAAAUGGGGUGGCCGUCACCUCUUCAAACGCCCGUGCAUACGCCUACAAGAUCCAGACUUACGAGCAGCUAUAGUUCGCGAACCAGAGAGCCCGAGGAGUUCCCGCUUAAAAGUACAUACAAACAUGUCCGCAGUAUCGAUUUGUUGGAGUCCGCUAACGAACUUGGAAAGGCUAAAGAGUAUUUGUUUGUCGGGCCGUCACCACCGGCUGAAGAUGCCCCGAACAUGCACCAUAGUUUUGAUGUCCUCGCUCCUGACCCAGAAGCACGGCUGACAGAAGAUAUGGUCAGAAGAGGACUCUGUGAGAAAGCACUUACCUUAGGAGCUGGGCGCUUUUUUGACGAUGUCGAAUGUGGAUUAAUAACUGCAGAUAACAUAGAAGAACACAUAAGUUCAGCACCAGAGGUUGUCGUAAACUUGACUUUCUUAUGGGCGGCAUUUUUAACUAGAGACGAAUUGUUACCGGUGAUGUUAGAGGCAGGAGCGGAUAUUCAUUAUUCUGAACCAGCAGGAUUGACUGCUUUACAUAUGGCCGCUUUCAGCGGGGCUCCCAGAUCAGUUUCAUAUUUAAUCGCAAACGGAGCUGACGUUGAUUUUGCACCAAAAUACUUUACGCCCCUACAUUGCGCUGCAUUUGGGAAUUCCCUUGAAGUUGCUGAGAUACUUAUUGCUCAUGGCGCGUGCUUGCAUUCAGUGGUACAGAGAGCUGGUUGCGAAGACAAUCUCGUGCACUGCGCGGUUAGGGCUGAUGCAGUCGAAUGUAUGGAGCUUUUUAUAGAAAAAGGCGUGGACCCCGCAUAUGUUACAUCAGGUGGAUUAAAUGCCCUGCACCUUGCUGCGGAACUAGGUUCCCAACGUUGUUUGGCGUACUUGCUAAAAGAAACAAGAAUAAGCGUGAACGGUGUAACCAAACAAAGAGACAAAGAAUGCACGGCUAUACACUUAGCGGCUGCUAGAGGAUACGCAGAAUGUGUUGAAUUACUUCUUGCGGAUGGUGCUAAAGCAAAUACAAAGAAUUAUAGAGGCUUCACGCCGCUACAUCUUGCAGCUAGGUGUUCUAGUGUGGAGUGUGUUGAAGUGCUUUUAAGAGAUGGCAAUGCGGACCCUAAUAUUGAAGAUUACGACAAAAGAACUUCGUUACAUGCAGCCAUAUGCCGUUCAGAUCGUGCUUGCGAUAUAAUAGAUAUGCUUGUUAGUUGGGGAGCACAAGUAAAUAAAAAGGAUGAAUAUGGAUACUCACCAUUACAUCUCGCUGCUAUGGAUGGAUUAACACAAUGCGUUGAAACUUUAAUUUUUUUAGGAGCAGAUGUGACUUCGAAAUCAAAGAAAGGACAUACAGCGUUGAGUGUUAUUGCUAGAAAAACUCCCAAGUCUCUAGCUAUUCUGCGACAUAACCUCGAUAGUGGGAUUUCACUAAGCCGACCUACCGAAAGCAACGAAGAAGUACAAAUUGAAUUUGAUUUUGGAAAACUUCUUAAGUUUUCUUAUCCACGUGAGAUAACAUAUUUAAAUAGUUUGAUUGAUGAAGGUCAAAAAGACAUUUUGCUCCACCCACUUUGUUCAGCUUUUCUGUUUAUGAAAUGGCGUAAGAUAAGAAAAUUCUAUUUAGCGAGACUGAUCUUUUGCUUCCUGUUUGUAUUGUUCUUGUCAAUUUACGCUUUAACAGCUGUAGUGAAAACUUGCAAGGGGAAAUAUUCCAAGAAAUACGGAGUGCCAAAUGAACUUUGUCAGAAACAGUCAAUAUUGCGUGCUAUUUUGGAGGACAACCCUAUAGAAUUUGAAAGAUGGAUAUUAAUUGCUAUCACGGCUUUUGAAAUUGUUAGAAAGCUCACAGGCAUAACGGGAUACUCAAGUAUAUUCCAAUACUUUACUACGUUUGAGAAUUUAAUGGAAUGGUUUGUGUUGUUGUCUGUAUUUUCUUUAUAUAACAUACACAAAGACUAUGGCUGGCAAAACCAUGUUGGCGGUUACGCAGUUCUUGGAGCUUGGACCAACCUAAUGUUGUUGAUGGGUCAACUACCAAUGUUUGGAGAUUAUGUGGCUAUGUACCAAAAAGUAUUGACGGAAUUUUUAAAGUUGCUGCUGGCUUACAUUUGUCUGUUACUGGGAUUCACAAUAUGCUUUUGUGUUGUAUUUCCUAACGAGGAGAUGUUUUCAAACCCUCUAAUGGGUUUCAUAAGUACGCUAUCGAUGAUGGUGGGUGAGUUAAAUUUAAAUAUUUUAAUUAAUGAUCCUAUGCAGGAUGAUCCGCCGCUCGAUUUCGAACUGUCCUCACAAAUUAUUUUCAUACUUUUUCUUAUGUUUGUUACUAUAAUACUGAUGAAUUUACUCGUGGGUAUAGCUGUCCAUGAUAUACAAGGGCUAAGAAAGACUGCAGGGUUGUCUAAGCUCGUACGGCAAACGAAGUUAAUUCUUUUUGUCGAGAUGGGUCUAUUCAGUGCUUGGCUGCCAAAGUGCCUUCAUAAAUAUGUUUAUAGAACCGCACUGGUUUCACCGGAAGCUGGUAAAGUAAUUUUGAGUGUGAAGCCAUUAAACCCAAGAGAGAAAAGGUUGCCAACCGAUAUUAUGAUGGCCGCUUAUGAAUUGGCGCAAAUUAAUAAGGUAAAAGCCGGUAGAUCGAUGAAGGAAAUUAUUUACAAUAACAAAUACUCUUCAAAGUUCAAGAAAGAAACUAAUUCGAGCGACCCCAAUCUCAAUAUAGAAAUACGAGGAAUGCAGGAGAAAAUCGACCAGACGACGUUCAAUUUGAAGAAGAUCGACCAGGAAAUGAGACACCUGAACACGCUUUUAUUGGAGCAACAAAAUUUGCUGCAGAACCUCCUAAAAGCUACCGAUAGAGCAAAUUUACAUUCGGCUCAGUAUUACUCAGAAUCACCGGUUUUUUUCCCUAGUAAUAGUUCAGAUAUUACUUUGAAGUAG